GUGUUGCUAGUAUAAAUAAAUAGAAAGCUGGAUAUACGUUUUUAUUUAUUAGUUUAUAUAUUAUAUAUUGGGAAGUGUUGAAAUUGAUGUGACAAUUCAAAUGGCAGAAUUACAAAUGCAGGAUUAUGAAGAAUUUAGACAAAAAGAAGAUGUCACUUACGAUGAAAUUAAGAUUGACAAGGAAAAAAUUGAAACGAGCAAAUUGGUAUUAACUUCGCGGAACCAAUGGUUAAAACACUUGCUUCUAAUACUAUCAAUAUCUGUAUUUUCUGCCGUCGUUGCUUCAACUGUGACGUAUUUUACGGUGUGUGCUCAGCUAAAGCAGUUUACAUUGGAUUUAUUUGAUUUGAAAUUGGCUGAUGUUGAAAAGAAAAACGAGAUGAAGGUACAGGAAAUUGAAAACCGAUACAAUUUAACAUCUUCUCGUUUACAAAAACAGAUUAAUGACAGCGCAGAUCUGGCUCAGCUAAAGCAGUUUACAUUGGAUUUAAUUGAUAUGAAACUGGCUGAUGUUGAAAAGAAAAACGGAAUGAAUGUACAAGAAAUGGAAACCCGAUACAAUCUAACAUCUUCUCGUUUACAGAAACAGAUUAAUGACAGCACAGAUUUGGUUGGAUUUACUUCAUUUGGUACAUCAUUCGGCGACAAAUCUUCGGGAGAUAUUCUAAGGUUUCCGAACGUUCAGACAGUGUACGGUCAUUCACAUCUAUCUUCCUUCAAAAGUACUGAUGUAUUCACAUGUGAAACAGAUGGACUAUAUCUUAUUAUCGUGACCUUAUUAUCAGGCUCGACUACUGACAACAAAUACAGAUUUUUUAAAAACAAUCAACCGAUAACAUAUUCUAAUUACAUUGGCAAAUCUGGUUCAUCUACAAGGGACUUUUUUUCAGGGACAGGUUCCGUAUUAGUGAAAUUGAUUAGAAACGACAGAGUGUAUGUCAGAAACGACAAUUCAAAGAUAUACAUAGUAGAUCAAUAUUCAACAUUGACAUUGAUAAAAUUGCAUUAGGAUUUGUUUACAUGAACAAGCUUUAGCUACUUUAAACUAUAUUUUAUAUUACGUCAACAUCAAAGUGAAAUAUUUUUUACAUAUUUUCGGUUUUAAUUACUGUAAUUAUCCUUCUGUUUCCAGCUUGUAUAGAUAUAUUUAUUUCUUGCCUUCAAUUCAUUCCCAUCCAUGAAUAUGAUGAACGUGAAUUAAUAAAGCUUUAGGGAUGUCUACAUGCAUUUAAAUAAAUAACAUAACAGUCUCACAGUAAACAAAAUGAUACUGUAUGAUGGCCAAUGAGACAAGAAUCCAUCAAAGACCAAAAGAGUACAGGUCACGGUCCGACUUUCACUAAUGAACAAAAUCAAUGACGAAUGGAAGGCUAUACAUGUUCAAGUUUCUUUGAUGACAAAAUGUGAAACAAUUUAAAAGAGAAAAACAGCGGUUGAUUAAAGCUAAUAACCCUUAUUGAAAAACAUUUAUGGCAGAUGGCGGCCAACGCCAACCACUGAACUUCAUGCAAUUAGCUAUUGACAGGCUCACACAUAUUAUGGAAAGGGAAAAGAGGGGGGGGGGGUGCUUUUAAAACGUGGUUAUGAACGUUCACAUUCACCUUCUUGGUACCGUGGUAUGACAUCAUAUCAUCAUAUAUUACUUGCAAGGGGCAUGAGUCAUCAAGAGUACUAUACCAAAUUUCAAUUUACGAACACACCAUGUUUCCGAAGACUAUAACAUCAAUUAGUUCACCUUAAACGGACAGAGUCAUAAGACGUAUUAUAAACAGCACGACCUUGUGGAAUAACAAUGUUUACGUUUGAUUAUGAUGCUGCAGGACCAUACAUGAGAUUUAUUGGAUAGCAACAGAGGUUAAGUAGUGUAUUUUACUAUUGUUGUCAAAUCACUGUCGGUACCGAAAGAGUACCUUUUUAAAACUUUUACUAUAAUGCUUAGAAAGCCAAAUAGAUAAGCAUCAGCAAUAGUUUAUGUAUAAGAUACUGAUUGUAUCUCAAUAUUCUAUAACACCGUCGAAAAACAUCGAAUGUUAUACCCUUUUAGUUAUAAGAUAUUAAGCCUAUAGUCACAGUCCCACUGAAUGGUCGGAUAAGUAAGGUAAUGCU